AUGGCUACCCCGCUUGAUAAUGUUCUUAAUGUAUGGAACAAAAUUCAGCAAAAUAGUCCUAUAUACAAUUUCCUUCUGGAAGAUGUGCAAGUCUACGAAGCCAGCAAAGGCGUAGUCCGCGCCAAACUGCAAGUUAAUGAGCGCCAUUUGAACUCCAAGAGAGGCUUGCACGGUGUUUUCUCAGCCUGCGUUGUCGACUGGGCUGGAGGUCUGGCCAUUGCAUCACACGGUUUCGAGUCCACCGGGGUUAGCACAGAUAUCCAUGUGUCGUACUUAUCCAAAGCGAGUCUCGGAGACUGGCUUGUGAUUGAGAGCCGAACUGACAAAGUCGGUAAAACCCUCGGAUUUACCAGUGUGACUAUUUCGAAGCGUGGUGAGGAUGGCCAGCUAAGUACAGUUGCGCAAGGUGCUCAUACCAAACCCUGUUCACAAACCGCUUUCUUCUUUGCAUCUGGCAUGAUCGCAUUCUUCUUUGAUUGCUGGAUUCACUCGGAUGGCGGAGAGCAAUUCUCGUCCAAAAUGCUUUAG